AUGGCGUCAUCCGAGGUGGAUCAGAAGUAUCUGGGUCGAAUGGCCAGGAGCGUUGAAAAUGACAACACCAUACUCUCAUCAACACUCUACAAGAUCCUGGGGCUUUCUCUCAGGCUCUCUGAGAAGCUUGUAGAGGUCAAGAAGCAGCGCAAACCUGAUGCCACGCUCCACGAGAACAUCAUGCGCAUCCUUUGGCUGGCGCGCGAAGGGCUCAAGAUGCUUCAAGAAUACGUCAUCCCCUUUGUCAGCAACUGCGUCGAACUGAAAGUCUUGGCCUAUAAGCUACGUGCCAGCUUCUAUCACAUCUUUGUGCUUUUUCGAAAUCAACCUCGCGUGUCCAAUAUGCCGGGUUGGGAUCCCGAUGCCGUACCGACUGACCAUGUUGCGGAUGACUACCAACAUAUGAUACAUCAUUCUCUUGAAGGUGGCCCGGUUGGCCCCCCUCCUGGCUUUGAAGCCCCGGUCUCGGCACUCUCACUUUCCUUCUUAUUGCCUGCCAAGGACUACCUGCCCACAGCACAUGAAUAUUUCGAAGAGGCCGCAGAGUUGGCUGAUAAACUUCUCUGGGGCUCACACUCGUUGCGUUUAUCAGUCAAGACAGAAUAUGCAGCGUUUCUUUAUGAAUGUGUUCACGAUGCUAAUGCUAGCCGCAGCCUUGCAAGGAACACGAUUAAUGAGGUCUACGAGGCUACAGAAGGCAUGGACGAUGACAUGUUUCGCGAUGCC